ACCUGACAACUUGUGCGGUGCAAUUCAGAAGCUGUAGCCACUCUCGCCGUACAGCGACCACAAACACUCACGGGGGCAGGGAGAGGCCGCUGCUGGAGGGAGCUGCUUAUUACGGUGAAGGCCAUGGAGGUGCAGCCGGAGCUCUCGCUGGGGUUUGCUCCUGCUGUGAAAAUUCCAAGGAGGUCGUCCUCCAACUCGGAAGGCAGCGGUGGCGGCGCCGGGAACAAGAGGAAGCACUUUGCCUGGGAGUCCCAUGGCAGCAGCCUGGACCUCCAGCUCGGCGAUCCCCUGCCCCUGGACUGGGAGCAGUGCCUUGACCUACACUCUGGGAGGAUGUACUACCAGAACAGGAAGACCAAGAACAAGAGCUGGGAUAGGCCGAGUUCCAAAGAGGAGCAGGGCACCCUGAACCUGGAACUCGGCAUCUCCACGACCCCGGACACCUUCAAGAGCCACACAUCCGGUGGCCACAUGGUGGCCGUACCGUGCGUCAACUGCCACCUCCUCGUUAUGCUCUGCAAGUCCUCCCCGGCGUGUCCCAACUGCAAGUUCGUGCAGCCCUCCGUGGCAGGGAUGCCCAAGACGCCUCCUCGCCGCCGGCUGGAAACCGUCAAGCCACUGCUUGAGACCUUGAGCCUCCUGCACUAGCAGCUUGCGCGCCAUGCAGUAACGGCGGGCGUGUGGUUUAUUACAAAGGGCAAAUGCAAAUCGAGUUGCUCAAACUCAAUACUCCUACUAGUAAAAGUAAUGAUGAGAUAGAUUUGAUA